AUGCCUUGGAACAAAAGCUCGCGCCGAGAGGCCAACUUUCUGCUCAUUGAACCGGCCGACGCCGUGCUGAGACGCACCGAGCCCUGCUACCAAGAUCUCCGCAAGGCCAAACGCGGCACCGUAUUCGCGGCCCUCGCAGAGUGUCCGUCGACGCGCGAUUUCAUCUAUACUUUCAUCGACUUCCAGUCGAGCGAUGCUGUGGGUUCUGCGACGUGUGCCCAGUUUCUCGGAGCGGCGCACGCUCGUGGUUGCGCGCUCAUCUCUGUGAUGCUGGAGUGUGAUAAGAGCGUCAGCUUGGAGAGGUUGACCAGCGCCGAGCGACAAUCGCACUGCAAGAUCGUCGAUCCCGGAAUCCUGAUUGCCUUCUGGGCAGGGGACCACGAUCCAUCGUUUUGCAGCAAGUGA